UGGGAGGGCGCACUCAACCUUCUCUUACUAUACUCUGACAGCCAGAGUAAGAUCCUGCCACCAGCCUCAACAGAGGCUCCCAGCCAUGAAGCCUCUCCUCGUUGUGCUUAUCUUGCUCUUCUUUUGGGACCCAGUGCUGGCAGGUUUGAAUCCACUGUCAUCAGAAAUACACAGGAAAUGCUAUGGGAAUGGUAUCUGCAGACUUGAGUGCUUUACAAGUGAAAUGUUAGUUGACUACUGUCUGUUUCAACUAGAGUGCUGUAUCAAAGGAAACCCGGAGCCCUGACAGGAGAAGCCAGUGAAUGCCAAUUAACUUGAAUAUCCUUGACAUCCUCUCCACCAUCUUUUACACAGUCAGAGAAUUUAGAUUAAACUGUGACACUGUGAUGUGCCCACAGCUGUUGGGUUUUAGUAUUUUUUAAAUAAGCCAUCAGAAUCUUGUGUUUGAAAAGCUGAGCUGCUGCCUUCCUAAAGACAGCUAAGCUUCUCAUGAAAACUUAGGAUAUAUUUUCUCACUUCAAAGUGAUAUCUAUUUUCUUCUCAGCACCUAUUUCUCUCUUUACUCAUAGAAAGGAUGUCUUAAUUAUUUAUAGAGGCUUCAAAUUGUAGAAACAUCAUUUUACACCUAGGCUUUACCCUACCAUUCCUUCAGCUCCCCAUUCACCUUCUCUGUGGACUGUGCAUCUUAGGAAAAAGGUCUGCCCUGGCCCCCUGAUGACCUUGUAUAUUUCUCACUAAACUACAUAGGCAAGGUUUAACUGCCAAGCUGGCCCAAGUCUUGGCUGAGUUGGACUCUGUAGUUCUUCAUGAAACACAAGGGAAAAGGGCAGUCAUAAACCAGGUUCUCAGCCCUUCCUGGUUUCAGAAAGUGAAAGCAUAGUACUUUCCACCUCAACCUCCUUAGGUUCAGCUACAGAUUAUCCAACCACUUGGCUAUGGUUCAUAGUUGACUCCUCAGCAGCAGAGUGACCCAAAAUCUCUGCUAUCCAUCAUCUGGCCCCUUUGUUGGGUGCAUCCUGUAGCACUAGGAGGUAACACCAUGCUGAUCUUGCUUUGUUGUAUGUGUAAGUAAUAAAUUUUCUAAGUUCA